AUGAAGAUAGUCAUAAUAGGUGCUGGCAUAUCUGGCCUUACAUCCUAUCUAUCGCUCAAGAAACACCUCCCUCGACCCUCCGCCCCAGCCACAGAUCAUGUCUACACCAUCUACGAAGCCUACGACACAGGCAAAGACAGUAAUUUCGAACAGCGCCUCUCAUCUUCCGGAAUUGGGGAAGCCAAUCCCCAUUCUUCGACUCUGAUCGUUGGCGGGGGCCUGGGCAUUGGGCCCAAUGGUGUGAAUGUGCUUCGACGGCUUGAUUCUGAGAUGCUUAGAGACAUUGUUGCCGGUGGUUAUGUUGUUUCCAAAUAUAAUAUGAAGUCUAAAAACGGGACGCUACUUAUGAGUCUGGACUCUCAGAUUCCUGCUUCUGAUGAUGAUGUCGUUGAAGUCGGGAGUCAGCAAAAGAUGAUCAACUCGGUGGCUACUAGCCGUCAUUCACUAUGGCGUUGCCUGCGCACCCGAGUUCCCGAAGGAAUAAUCAUCAACAAGAGGAUCUCGCAGAUAGUAUCAGGCUCAAAUAAUGGACCGGUUAUCGUCAGGUUUGAAGACGGCAGCAAACCAGUUGAGGCGGAUCUGGUAAUUGGAGCGGAUGGACUUCGGAGCAUCACUAAAAACGCGCUGUUUCCAGAUGUUAAGGGAGAAAUUUACCCACCUCAAUACGAGGGGCUAGUCGGUGUCGGCGGCUUUAUAACUCUAACGCCAGAUCUUCGUCAAAACGUUGGCAAAGGCACAAUGACUUUUGUCUCCGGCGGAAAUGGAUUCUUUGGCUAUUUUCCGGCUACUUGCUCUCCGUCUUCUUCUUAUCGCGACUCGAUUAACCAUAUUUCCGAACCAAGUGAUCAGUUAGGAUGGUGGUCAACCUACGCAAUGAAGGAGUGUCCUACAGAUCUACGCAACGUCAAUAGCGAAGCAAUCAUCAGAGAGUUACGUACAAGACACAAGCACUGGGGCGAUCCGGUAGUUCAACGGAUAGUCAGUGACGAGACGCUUGAGAUCAAACAUAUAUAUCCAACCUGGACUGCUCCCGAAAUCCCAACCUGGGAACGGAAUGGUGUAGUAUUGGUAGGUGACGCGGCACAUGCGUUGCCCUCGACUUCAGGACAGGGAUCAUCGCAGGCUCUCGAAGAUGUAGAAGCAUUUACUCUGUUUCUUGCUCAUGAGCUACGCAAUGCCUACAAGAACCCUCUUGAGUCGCAAGCUGCUACUGAAAGGGUAGCCGUCACGACAGCAGCCAAACAAUAUGUCGAACUGCGAAAGUCGCAUGUGAAGAAAAUCCUGGAACAUGCAAAACAAAUGCAGGAAAAUAAAAGAAAUAAGUCACUUUUUGAGGAGUAUCUGAUGUAUUGUUUUAUGUGGAUUAUGGGGUGGUUUCCCUCCGUUGUAUCGAAACCGUUGAUAGAGGUGGCUGGGUACAACAUCAAGGAUGAAGUUGAGAGGGUACUUGGACAAAGUUAG